AUGGGGAUGUCUAAAAAUCUCAAGGUUGUUCUAUCUCUAGUCUUCCUAGUGUUCUUCGCUCUUGCAGCCACUAAGCUUGAGGCAAGAGCCAUAGAUUAUCGUGACCUCUACCGUGGAGAUCACGCAAGAGCUUGUGACAAAGCACACCCUGAGACCUGCAAGAAGCAACAAGCUAACCCUUACACGAGAGGAUGCGAGAAGACCAACCGUUGCCGUAAUGCUCCAGUCCGAAAAGAGUGA